AUGAAGUACAAGUCUGUCGUGAGCCUGUACAUGGCCGUCUCUGCAGUCGCAGCGGCACAAUCCACCACCACGGACGACGUCACGGAAACCGCGGUGGCUUCGAAAUUUUAUAAGACGCCCAGCAGUUCGCAGGCCGCAAGCUCGACUCUGGCAUCUGGCUCGUCGGAAGUUACAUCCGUGCCAUUAGGCAGCAGUUCGAAACCCGGCACGGUCGGUACUUCCAGCAUCUCCAGCAGCAGUGAUGCUUACGGUUCAAGCUCCAUUACAUCAGCUUCAGUGGGCUCGACACCGGCCACACUAUCCGAGAGCACGGGCACGGAACGCUCUUCGAGUCUGCUAAGCUCAGAGACCUCCUCUCUCGCCUCGAGUGCAUCGGCUUCUGGUUCAAGUGCAUCAAACUCCGCCUCCUCCAGUACCUUGGAUAGUGCAGCAUCGAGUUCUACGCUACCGUCGAGCUCUACGCUACUGUCGAGUUCUACGCUACUGUCGAGCUCUACGCUACUGUCGAGUUCGAGCUCUCUAUCUUCCUCCGAGGCACCAUCUGCCCUCCCAUCCUACUCUAGAAGAUCGAUAGGAUCGUCUGUGCUUUAUGCCAACUCGACUCAGACUGCUACCCAACUAUCUACAUAUGGUUCCUUGUCUGGAAUACCAUCUUGGGUAACCUCAUUUUCUACCACUGCCUCGUACGGUAGUGCCACCGAAGAUGCCUCUCCCACAAGUUUGCCAAGUCUUUUAAGCGUUACGAUUCCACGUGCCCCCAGGACGACCAAUUCUCCUGAGGCCUCCUCUACUUCGGAUCGUACAACACUAACGCCUGCCAGCUUUACCGCGAUUGGUUCAUCGGUUAGCCCCGAAAGCGCUACUAGCUCCACGGGAACGCUUGUCACAGUUUCCAGUUCCCCUAUCUCCUCCAGUUCCUAUGCUUCGUCCGAUCCUUCCAGUGAGUCGAGCUCUGCUCCAUCCACGAGCCCUUCCAGCUCAGUAUCGAGCCCAAGCGAUGUGAGCAGCUCUAGCGUCGCUAGCUCCACUACUAGCUCAAGCUCUACCACAUCCACCACUAGCUCAAGCUCUACCACAUCCACCACUAGCUCGAGCUCUACAACAUCCACAACAUCCACAACAUCCCCAACGACCACUUCUGCCUCAACUUCUUCAACUUCCACAACCUCAUCUGCCUCAACUACUCUGGAUGCUGCUACUGCUUCCGCCAUAUUGAGUGAGCACAAUCUCAAAAGAAACCUACACGAGGACACACCGGACUUAGAGUGGGAUGACAGUUUAUCUGCGUUCGCAUACUCUUUUGCUAACUCUCUAAAAGGCACCACUUAUGAUCCAUGUAGCGGUAAUUUGAAGCAUUCCAGCAACAGAGGAAAUCAAGGUGAGAAUGUUGCUUUCGGCACCACUCUUGAUCCAAAAGUUCUUGUUGACUACUGGUACGAUGAAAUCAAAUACUACGACUACAAUGAUCUUACUGGAAUUGAACACGACGGGCAAGACGUUGGUCACUUCACGCAACUUGUUUGGGCCUCAAGUACGAAAGUUGGCUGUGCUGCGAUUCAAUGUGACACGACAGCACAAUACGGACGAAACUCUCUUUACCUGCUCUGUGAAUACAGUCCAACAGGCAAUGUUUAUAACGGAAAUGCUGGGCAGGACGUUUAUUCUUACUUCAAAACAAAUGUGUUACCACUAAAGUCUUCUUCCUGA